UGUAUCGAAGAUAGAGCUGGGCAAACGCAAUGUUGAGCACUAACUGGCUGCUGGCUGUUGUCGGGCAGCUCUGCCUUUGGCUAAGAAUAUACGCCUUUGACUACUGUGAUCCUGUGCUCUGUCCGGGACCCGAGAAGCACAUAGCAUGCAACAAUUUUGGCGAGUUGGCGGAGAGUUGCAGUGCGGAUGCGCAUGUGGUGCGCAUAACGCCAGAGCGACGUUUGCUGAUUCUCAAUGCAUUGAACGAUUAUCGGGAUCGCAUUGCACGCGGCGAUCUGUUGGGCUUUAAGCCUGCUUUACGCAUGGCCACGCUGCAAUGGGAUCCGGAAUUGGCCAGCUUUGCUGAGCUGAAUGUGAAGCGCUGUGCGCUGGUCAACGAUCAUUGUCGCAACAGCGAACAGUUUCGCAAUGUGGCACAAGUGGUGGCCGAAGGCGGUUGGCAGAGUGCACCGAGUGACAACAGCGAUGAGCCACUGGAAUAUCAUACAGAGGAAGAGGUUCUCAAUGCCACGCUGGAGCAAAUGUUUGCCGAGUACAAGGAGUGCAGCAUGCGUGACAUUAUUGCGUACAGUCCGCCCAUCAAUAGAAUUCUACACAUUCGCAUUAGCAAGUGCAUUGCAUACUUCACCCAACUGGUUCGGGAUAGCACCACCCACGUUGGCUGCGGCAUCCUGCGGCAGACGCACAACACCACCAACAAUGCCGGACAAUGGUUGCUCGGGACACGUCAGUACAUGACUUGCAACUUUGUGCGGGGCAACGAUGUGAAUGCCCCAGUUUAUCUUAGCGGCGAUAGACCGGCGAUUGAAUGCCGCACGGGACGCAAUCCGGCAUUCGUCAAUCUGUGCUCCAUCAACGAGAUCUACGACAACACUGCUCUGUCCGGAUUUAGUUUCUAUUAAUUCGCUGAUAAUGACGAAAUAUUAUACUUAAUAACUAUAUCAAAUAAAAUCAAACCAAUUGAAUUAUA